AUGGCUCUGCCACCUCCAGAUCCAGAGUUCAUUCUCAGAGGCACCGGUGCUGCAGUCCACACUCUGCAUUUUUCCUGUGGCAGCCCAGACCCUGAUGUCCCCACUCUUUUCUCUGGGUCUGAGAAUGGGCUCGUCCACGCCUGGAACCUGAGAACGCGCAGAGUGGACACAGCGCUGGAUGGCCACGGAAGAAAACCUGUCUACAGCGUGGAGACAAUGGGGGGUAAAGACAGGCUCCUCAGUCAGGGUCGUGACCAGAGGAUCUGCCUGUGGGAUUUAGCAGAGGGACGGACUUCGGUGGUGGAUUCUGUCUUCACGGAGAACGUGGGAUUCUGCAGAUGCUCUCUGUUACAGGUGGCACAGGGACGCUGGCUGAUGGCCAUGGCAGCCAAAGCUCUGGAGGAGGUUCAGGUUCUGGAGCUGCCAUCCAAGACGUCAGUCUGUACCCUGCAGCCAGAGGUGGGUGCCAAGCUGGGCAUGCCCAUGUGUCUGAAGCUGUGGCAGCUCAACGGUGGUUCACAACCUUUGCUUCUGGCUGGCUAUGAAGACGGAUCGGUGAUCCUUUGGAGUUUGUCAAUGGGAAGAGUGUUGAGCCAACUUGUUUGCCACCAGGAGCCAGUGAUGAGCCUUGACUUUGACUCCGAGAAGGCCAAGGGGAUCUCGGGCUCAUCUGAAAAGGUGCUUAGCAUCUGGAGCCUCAAUGAGCAACAGAACCUCCAGGUUUACAAAACACACAGACUUGUCAACGCUGGCAUAUCUGAUAUCACCAUCCGUCCAGACAAGAAGAUUUUCGCAACAGCAGGGUGGGAUCAUCGCAUCCGGAUCUUUGGCUGGAAAAAACUGAAGCCUUUAGCAGUGCUGGACUACCACACAGCAACGGUCCACUGCGUGUCCUUCUCCGAUCACAGACACCCCCCUGAGAGACUGCUGGCAGCUGGCGCGAAAGAUCACCGCAUCAGUAUCUGGUCAAUGUACACCCAGACGUGACAUGUCCCACACUGUCACAGGCAAAAGGAAAGCGGGAGGGGUGAAGCAAUUCUUUAUACUGUAAUUCAAACCUGGAUGUGGGGAUGUAGUAGAAAACCUUUCCAGGCUGAAGUGAG